AAUAAUAACGACAAUCAAAUGGCCUCCAAAUCGGAACCUCACCAAGCUGUCACUUUAAUAAUUCCUUUUCUUUUCUCCCUUCAUCCACCAGACUUGCCCCCACGUCCACCUGCACUGUCGUUUGCUCUUUCACAAUUUCACAAACCAUUACCCCCACCUGCACUGUCCGGCUCUUUCCGCCGCCGAUCAUAUCAGUUUCUAGAUCGACCUUUUUUUAAGAAUUUGGAAGGAUGAGUGAAGUAUUUGAAGGAUACGAGCGUCAAUACUGCGAGCUCUCCUCUAAUCUUUCCAGGAAAUGUACCGCAGCUGGUGCUCUUGAUGGAGAGAAAAAGAAGCAAAAGCUUUCUGAAGUUAGAACUGGGCUGGAAGAUGCAGAAUCUUUGAUUCGCAAAAUGGACCUUGAAGCAAGAAGUUUGCAGCCAAAUGUUAAGGCUAUGCUUCUGGCUAAGUUGAGGGAAUACAAGUCAGAUCUGAACAAUCUGAAAACUGAAGUUAAAAGAAUUGCAUCUGGUAACCUAAAUCCUGCUGCCCGAGAUCAGCUGCUGGAAUCAGGAAUGGCUGAUGCAUUGAUGGCCUCGGCAGAUCAAAGAUCAAGAUUAAUGGUUUCUACAGAAAGAUUAAAUCAGUCCAGUGAUAGAAUUAAGGACGGCAGAAGAACCAUGCUGGAAACUGAAGAGCUUGGUGUUUCAAUUCUUCAGGACUUGCAUCAACAGCGACAGUCUCUAUUACAUGCCCAUAAUACGCUUCAUGGAGUGGAUGACAACAUUGGCAAGAGCAAGAAAGUAUUGAAUGCCAUGUUGAGGAGAAUGAACAGGAACAAGUGGAUCAUUGGUGCUGUUAUUGCAGUCCUCCUUGUUGCUAUCGUCUUGAUCUUGUAUUUUAAACUCAAAUAAUCUGAAACAUUUCUUCCAGUUCCCUCCCUGAGUGUUAAAUGGGGACAUGAUUGCCUUUGGUUAAUUGUGUGAGUUUGCCAUAAAGUUCCUGACAAAAACAUGUGUUUUUUUAUCUAUCAAUUUGCUAUUCAUCCA